AUGCAGUUGACUACAAGCCGACCAACCAGCAGUCAAGAAGAAAGGGCAAGAGACGAGGACUUCGAGAUCGAUUGGGUCCUGCUCUACGACUGUGAGGAUAUCGAUGCUACUNNAGAGGCUCAUCAUGCGAUUGAUGAGUAUCAGACGUUGAUCCACGACAUCGAGGCUUUUGGUCUGGAAGCAGAAGUUCGACAUGGACACGGCGCGACCAUCCUCAUAAUCAUCCGAACUCCUCGCAAUAAGCUCGGCAAUGAAGUCUACCGCUCGCGAGUCAAAGACUGGCUAUUUGGAAUCGUCCAUGUUCGUCCUCUGGGGGACAGUUCUACGGUCGUCGACGCUGCAACACCUUCCGAAGAAAUACGAUCUGUCUUCCAUCUGGUUACCUGGACAAAAGAGCAGGGCGGAGCAGGAGUGACUGCAAACUUCGGACAAUGGGAGCAUGUCACCGCAUCCUUCGCACCGCAUGCCUGGACUGCGAACAAGAAGCUGUUGAAACGGCUGUCUGCAAAAAUUAUCUUGGACGCAGAUGAUUUGGAUCAGAUCAAAGCACUCUUUGGAGAGAAGGUUGCCUUUUACUACGCCUUCAUACAAGCCUAUUCCUUGUUUCUCAUCGUGCCUGCUUCGUGCGGCACCUUGUUCUGGCUCUUCUCCAAACCAUACUCAAUCACAUUCGGGGCAGUUACAUGUAUAUGGAGCAUCACAUUCGUCGAGUGGUGGAAGAGACAAGAACUCGAUUUGAGCAUCAGAUGGAACGUCAGAGGUGUUGGCGCGCUCAAAGUCAAUCGCGUCCAGUAUACAUGGGAGAAAGAAGAGAUGGACUCAAUCACUGGUGAGGUGAAGAAGAUAUUCCCCGCUCACAAGCGUCUGACGAGACAGCUUCUGUUCUUGCCUUUCGCUGCGUUGGCUAGUCUGGCACUCAGCAGUGUUUUAGUCGUCACAUUCUUAGUCGAAGCUAUCAUUUCAGAUGUGUAUGACGAGGAAUUGGCAAGCUAUUGGGCUAUACAGUAUCUCCCGACAAUACUUCUCGCAGUUUCGUUGCCAUAUAUUACAGAGGCUCUGACGUCUGUUGCAUCACGACUGUCGGAACACGAGAACCAUCGCACGAAUGACGAGUUUGAACUGGCUCAAGUUCAGAAAGCCUUCGUCUUGAAUUUUGUCACCUCAUUCCUGCCACUCAUACUGACUGCUUACAUCUACGUGCCUCUCGGCUCAAGGCUCCUGCCACACUUUCUACCGGAUGCCUGGCAGUCGCAUGUUGCAGCCAAGGACUUUCGUAUCGAUGCCCAUCGCUUACAAGAAGAAGUCAUUUCGCUGUCCAUGGCUGGACAAGUCAUUAACUUUGGCGAGGAAUUUGUUCUACCAUUCUUGAAGCGACACAUUCAAGAAGCAUAUCGUCGAUACAAAGAUGCCCGACAGGAAACCUCACUGCACCAGCGCAUGCACUCUGAAUUUACAAAGACUCUCCUUAUCGAUGCUCCACAGGAGGCGACCCUACUAUAUCGGCUGCGCGCAGAGGCAGCUGCCACGCCUUACGAUGUACAAGAGGAUAUCAUGGAAAUGUGCGUCCAAUUUGGCUAUCUCGCCAUGUUCGGAAUCGUAUACCCGCUCAUGCCUCUGGGCUUUCUGAUCAACAACUGGAUCGAGCUUCGCGGCGAUUUCUUCAAACUUAUCAGUGAAUCACAACGUCCUCCUCCAAUCCGUUCCGACACAAUUGGUCCUUGCAUCUCUGCACUCGAGUUUCUGACAUGGCUGGGAAGUCUCUCAACUGCUGCUUUAUUGUAUCUGUAUGGCAAUGGCGAAGUAACCAACAUCCGUCUCGGCCACUUAUUGCUCACGGUGUUCAUCGCCGAACAAGCCUAUCUAGUCACAAAACUCGGCGUCCGAUUUGUCUUUGAUAAGAUCGGCUCAGACGCUGUGAGAACAGAAGAAGCCUCCCGCCGUUUGGUAAGAAAACGUUACCUCGAGACAUUUUCUGAAGAGGCGGCCGGCGCGUCCGCUCGUCAAGAAGCUCACUCAUAUACUGCAAACCAUAAGCGGUCUGUCCCUACAACGCCUACAGAUCCUGGGAAAAGGGGACAUCUGCCUAUUAUCCCUGAGGUUGAAGAAACAGUGGUUGUGAGAAGUGAGUACAAGACUGAAAAAGCCGAGAGGUUCUGGAAUGCUAGAAAGGAGUUUGUGGGGACAGCGGAGGCAGGAGUGAGGCUGAUCGUUGCGAUUAAGGGGAUGCAGGGAUCAAAGACUGGGGACGGUGGCGAUAAGUCCAAGUGGAUUUGA